CUACAUAUAAUAGUAAAUACACAAAGAGAAACGAUAUACUCGUAUAAUGGCAACGGCCAAAAAAUACCGUUAUAAAUUAGUGGAAUUUCUUGAUUAUGAAAAUGCUACAAAAAGUAUCGAUAUUGUUCCGACGAACUGGAUAACGUACGAUGAAGAGACACACGAUUUAUUCACUCCAUUUAUUCCGGAUAACAGUAAAGAAAAUUUGAGUGAAUUGAAAAAUCGUGUCAAAACAGAAAGAUCUCCAUUAAAAUCUUGGCCGAAGUUCCGUGUCGCUGUGAAAGGAUAUGCCGAUACAUACAAUCAAGCUGAAAAAAAAAUUUCAAAAUUAAGAAAUACGACAUACGCUUUCACCACCGAUAAUGAUGAGGAAGGAGCUAGGAAGAAACUUCAACAAAAAGAAACAUACAAAUUGAAAGGAAAAAGAAAGGAUGAUUUCAAUAUUUUGAGAGGAUCUCAACUUCACUCGGCCGAGCGAGGCUACCCACAGGUCCAGCGCGAAGUUUUGGCGCUCACUUUUGCUGUCAAGAAAUUCCACAAGUAUAUCUACGGCAGACAUUUCGAGCUCCAGACCGACCACAAGCCACUCCUCGCAAUCUUCGGCUCGAAAAAUGGCAUUCCGGUCCACACAGCAAGCCGACUGCAACGCUACGCCCUCACACUUCUCGCUUACGACUUCAAGAUUCGCUACGUGGGCACCGAGAGCUUUGGCUACGCAGACUUUAUCUCUCGUCUCAUCGCAUCGCACUCGAAGCCGGAAGAGGACACAGUCAUUGCAGCUAUCUGCAAUGACGAUUCGUUAUCAUGUUUUGCCAUCGACACAGCAAAACAGCUUCCAGUGAACUUCAACGACAUCCAGCGAGCAACACGUGACAACCAGGCACUUCAACAAGUGAUUCAAUACACACGCAACGGCUGGCCCAUGAAACGAUGUCAGAUCAUCAAUCCAGAAGUCGCAGCAUUCUUUGACCAACGAGACGAGUUGAUAAUCAUCGAGGAUUGCAUUUUUGCACGAGACAGAAUCUUUAUUCCACAGCAAGAUCGCGAGAAAAUUCUUCAAGAGCUCCACAACGGCCACCCAGGAAUAUCACGCAUGCAACUGCUCGCUCGCAGUCAACUCUUCUGGCAUGGCAUCGCUCGAGACAUCGAGAACUUCGUCAGGCAUUGCGAAGAAUGCGCUGUUGUUUCAAAAUCGCAAAUCAAAUGCACACUCCGAGCAUGGCCACAACCGAGCGGACCAUGGAAACGCAUCCACAUCGAUUUUGCCGGUCCCAUUAACAACUUCUACUACUUGGUCGUCGUCGACGCUAACAGCAGAUGGCCCGAGGGUUCACGUAUGUUUAAAGAUAAAAAAGCAAAAGAAUUAACUUGGCAAUCUAUUGGUGCCAUGUUAGAUCCCCCUUGUACAGGAGACAUGGUUGCAAAACGAUUUAAACAUUUAAGAGACACAUUUCAAAAAGAAAGAAAGAAAAUUCAUUUAACUAUGCCUGCAUCAGGAGCAGGUGCUAAAGAUGAACAAUAUCAAUCAAUAUGGGAAUAUUAUAAUGAUUUAUUGUUCCUUGCAGAACACGUUACUAGCAGAACCAUUUCUACGGGCAUUAUUAGUAGUGCUCGGAAACCGGGUACCCGGGUACUCGCCCGCCCGCCCGUCAUUCGCUGCACACGGGUGAGAACCGAUUCCUCGGGUACCCGUGUCAUACGGGUACCCGUAUCAGGCGGGUACUCGUAUCUCACACGGGUACCCGUAUCUCACACGGGUACCCGUAUCACGCGAGUACCCGUAUCACGCGGAUACCCGUAUCACACGGGUACUAAUGCAUAUCAUGCGGGUACUAAUAUAAAGUGA